AUGGCAAUCGCCAUGUUUGCAAAGACUGGCGCAGGGGUACUCAAGGGCUUUUACAUAUUUGAAAUAUGUUGCGGAUGUUACUUCCCACUGAUCUCAACUCUUAGAGCCAACGUUAUUCCAGAAAGACUAAGAGCGAACUAUCAUCAAUAUAUUCAGACUUCCCAUGAAUGCUAUCGUAGUUUUACUUCUGAUCUCAAAUUUCUCUAUAUCGACUCAGUGCGGCCUGUGCUGCCUAUUGUUGUGUAUUGGAUACUUGUGGGCUCAUGUAGCGCUAUAGAUGUGUGGCCAUCUUUUCAAAGUUUGCUGUCCGUUGCCCCGUUGUCUUGCCAAAAGCGCCAACGUCAAACUUACUAUAAUGUUGCUGCCCUCUGUAGUGAAACUCAUUCUCAACUUGUACAUAUACAGCAACACGAUUACCUGCUCUUUAAUAAUAAAUCAGAAUUAUAUGAAAAUUGUUGCACAUUUACAUACAUCAUGAUUGUCAACAAAAAACUUAUUUUACAUGGCGAAUCUGCCCAUCAUAAUAGCGAAACGCACGAUAUAGUACCGGGUUCCUCAUAA